AGUGGGUUGUAAUUAAAUAAGUGUUCGGCAGGAUCCGGGCUGUGUUUCGAACAAGCUAAAAGUAAAUGUGGUCAAGUGACUUUGCUUAGAGCAGCCAGCCAGCAUGGCAAAUCAAGCGACAGCAUGUGGCCAGCUAGCUAAUGUUAACGUUACUUCUCUCUUCUCCGGGCUUAUGUCUUGGAGAGCAUAAAGGGAUAUUACUUAUAACACCAAAGAGUGUUUUGAAACAUUCAAACAGAUCCCUUUCUGCUCUUCCAGUUAAAAUGUAAUGCUAAUGCUAGGCGGUAUAUGUGCCUUCCCCUGACCUGUCGAGCGGCUGCUAACGCUGCUCUGCCUGACGGUUGUUUCUCGACCUCUUUGAUUUAAUGGGUCCAAUUAUUGGGAUGUCACCAGAUAAGAAAACGGAAAUUCCGGGUAUGCAAGAGGAGCGGGCAGGGCUCAGAGGUGUCUGCGGUGUAGGAACGCUGCCUGAGGCGGAGUGCGCGUCCAGUCCGCUGGCAACUAGCGUGGAUCGUACCGGAGGCACCGAGGAUGAGGAGCUCACUAACCUCAACUGGCUCCACGAGAACCUGCUUCAGAACUUUACUCUCGGGGGCCCCGAAGCUCAGACGAGCGGCAGCCCCCUCUUUGACAUAGAAGGAGACUACGGGUCGAACCAGGGCCCGUCGUCCUCCUCAUCUUCGUCACACAACAGAGGCAGGGAGAGGGAUUCGAUGAAGUCGAAACCACCUUUCUCAUUUUCCCUGCUCAUCUACAUGGCCAUCGAGCAGUCUCCCAGCAAGUCGUUGCCUGUCAAAGAAAUCUACGGCUGGAUACUCGAGCACUUCCCGUAUUUCUCCAACGCUCCCACUGGCUGGAAGAACUCAGUUCGUCACAACUUGUCCCUGAACAAAUGCUUCCGCAAGGUCGAAAGGAGCUUGGGAAAGGCCAAUGGAAAAGGGUCGCUCUGGUGUGUUGACCCUGAGUACCGCCCCAACCUAAUUCAAGCUCUUAAGAAGCAGCACUUCCCAGCCGCACAUGCCUUCUGCACACCACCCGCCUCCCCACCCAGUGCCUCCUCACCCCCUCGUCAUCUCUUUAUACAAGGUUGCUCAUUUAAAGAGUCUGACAUUGAUGCUGCCACUGCCAUGAUGCUCUUAAACUCUGCCCCUGGGCACCACGUUGACCCAUGCAAUUCUGACAGCCCUCUGGACCUCUCUCGGCCCGACUCUGUCUUGGUGAGCAGCGAUCCAAAACAGGACCACAACUACAGCAGCGCAGCCCUGCAACGCUGCUCCUCUCGCUCCUCCUCAUCUUCUCUUUCCUCCCUGGACGAAGGCGGCUGCGAACGUAGGCAGUCUCGCCGCGCCGGCAGCGAGGGUUUCCACAGCGACGAGGACUCCGACCUCUGGGACGAGAGGGGCGUUCACCAGACUUCUCGCCGUCCGCUCGCCGUCAAGUGGCCCCUUAGCAAGAGGGCGCGACGUGAAGUCAAGCCAGAGCUGGACGAGGAGCUGAAGGAGGCCGCCGGCUCCUUGCUGCACCUCGCCGGUAUACGCAGCUGCACGGAGGGCUCCAAACGCACUGUCAAGAGCACAAAACUUAGCAGGAAAUGAAUUUUCUUUUACCCCCAUAAGACCCUGGACCCAGUGAAACCCUAACCUCUGACCCCCUGUGUCCCAGUGUGCCUCCUUCUCCUAAUCUGAUCGUUCACUGGCCAUUUUGAGCCUUUUUUCUUUUCCUUUUUUUUGGUUUGUUUGUUUGGGAGUAUCUCUGUCCAACAAAACAAAUGGCAAUAGUAUCGUUCACACAGGAGAACAAAGCCAUAUACAUUAACUCGGGGGUAACUUUUGAGGGUGGGUGUUUGGGCUUAUGGAGAACCAUCAAGAUACCUAUCCAAAACGACCUGCCUGCUUUCUGUUGGAUUAGAGGACUGUGAUUCAAGAAGUUUCCUCUCAAAGACAAAAAGUGACACAAGAAGAAAAAAAUAAAUAAAACAAAAAAAAAGCUGAAAGCUGGUUUUAUAACUCAAAGCGUUGCAUGCUUCCUCUUCAAACCCGUAUCCUCUUCCAAGUGAAUCUAUUUAUGAAGCGAACGAGUGCAUGUUUGUAACAGAUGAAAUCUAACCUCCUGGUGUUGACAUUUUCUCCUUUUAUUUUUCCUUUUUUGUUGGUUUUGUGCUAAAGGAAAAAUAAAUUACCACUGUUUGGAAAGGAGUUCCUGCUCUUGUAGAAGAAAAAAGAAAGAGAUGCAAUAAUUAAUCCUCAACCUUAACUUUCUGACAUUAUUCCAUGGUGGCAUAUAUCAGUCAAGUAUGCUAGUUAAACUUUACAAUUAAGCGAAUGAACGGAGUAGUAUUAUGAUCUUGUUAUGCGAUAAACUUACUACACGCGAGCCGCGUCUCGUUUUCAGGAUUAGCAAAAUGUGGAUAUAGUAUUACUCUGCCACUGCCAAAUUGAGUUGCAAAGUUAGCUAGGACUUUGCUUGAUUUUGCGCGGUCAUUGCAGCACAGCUGUUUUCUUUCGGUUUGUGUUUGUUCGUUUGUUUUCUUCCCAAUCCACUGUUAAUGGGACAUCUUUUCUCAUGUUUGGCGACAACCUAUGCAAAGGGUACAUCUGCCUUGUUUUGCCAGGUGUUCGCUGCGUGUUCAUAGGUUAUCCUCCAUAAAUUUUCUUUUUUGUGUGCACAUACACAUGUGCGUAUCACAGUGCAUGCUGACAUCAGCUGGACCCUUGGAUGACAGUCACGAGAAAGAGUUUAAAAUUUUUUUUAAUCCUUCUACUGACAAAUACAAUGAAUAUAAUGUACUAUCGUAAUGACACAUCUCCCUGCUACUGCUGUACUGUAAGAGCUGCUCGGUGCUCUGCUUGCUUUUGGGCUUUCUGAAUGCAGAGUUGGCUAAUAGUAAGGCGAGGGGGAAAACGGAGCGGAUGGUAAAUGACCGCCACGUCUCACGCCAAUAUUUGGAUUUGCAGUUUGAUUAUAUCUCUGGCCUUGUUUAUGAUACCUUGUACUUUAGAUAAUUACUAAGUUAUACAGGUAAUUUUGAGUUGGCUGAUCUUGUGGCCAAGUUAAUUCACAUCUUGAAGGAAGGUGUGUGUGUGUUUUUUGUUUUGGGGUUUUUUUCUGUUCUGAGACCCACAGCAUAGAGCAUCCAAAUGUAAAUAACAAGAAGGGGGACAGUAUAGUCACAAAGAAGUCAACUCUGUACACGCAGUUGCUCGCAGGCGAGAUGCUGAAGACGCUUGUUUGUGCUCUGUGCUGUGCCCUCGGUUUUGGCUGGCUGCUAGUUUUUCGUCCUUGCUCUUCCUCCUAGAACAAAAUAAGGAAGUGCACGUUCUCUUCUCAAGCUGUGAAAUGGAGUGUUUAUUGUCAGUUGAUUGCACGCGGUUCUCUGAGGGGAAGUUGCGAGCCACUUGCAUAGAAGGCCACAGUUUUCUGUUUUUUAAAAAACAAACAAACAAAAAAACCCAAAUAGAAGCAGCGUACAGUCAACAGUAGCAUAGAUGAGUGAUAGGAUAACAAGCUGGAAAAUGUAUUCCCCCCCCCCCCCACUGUACUGGAUCACAUGGUGUGACUGGUAGUAUAGUGUGCAUGGUCGGUGCCAAACAUUUUGUCGUGCCACUGAUGCAAAACUGCAAACUGGCUGCUUUGUUUUUUUUUGUUAAUAUCUAUAAACCCCUCCUACUGCCACACUGUAAUUGUGAUCUGGAGUUUUUGAAUCAGGAAACGGGCGAUGACUCUGGUCAGUACGGUGACAUAACCAAUCUUUUGGUUUACAUUUGUCGCUAUUGAGUGGGAACUGCUCUUUGCAGACUAAGCCGCAGUUCUCAGCUGAUAACCGAGUGCAUACACUGGUCUUGUUUAGCUGUGGGAAAAAAAAAAAAAAGAACAAAUUGUUGUUCAUUAAUCAUCACCUUAUUUAUGACUUUAAUUUAUGGGACUUUUUCCCCCGAACGCAUCAGACACUGGUUAUUUAAAAUAAAUGACUAGGCACAGUAAUUUUUUUCCCUUCAUUCUGUGAACUUCCUUUAAUAAGUAUUUUUGUUUUUCUCCUUGUUUAUUUUCAGCAACACACCUUCCUCCCCCUCCCCCCCCCUUUUUUUUUCUGUCUUGUUACAGUGAUUAAGUAUUUUGCCAAUGUCUGUUGUCUUUAGAGCGGGUGUGUUUUCAAUUUAACCAUGACUGCCAGGUUUUCUUGAUGUUUUUGUUUUGCUUUUUGUUAGGUUGGAUAGAAAACAGUUAAUUAACAUUGAUCCUGAAACCUUUUUCUGUUGCCAAAUCGAUGUACAGCUGGGGUGUAGAUAAAUUUAAGAUUGAUGCACCCAAUUCCCCCCCCCCCACACACACACACACACACACCACCCCAUGCGCACCCCAAGUUCUUCUGGGCUCAUUUAAUCAUAUGGUUUUGUUUAGGUAUUAUGACUUAAGUAGUCAAAGAAACUGGAGAUUAGCUGUAAGACUCUUUUAUAAAAGUACUGCCACCCCAUAACUCAUGCUUCCAGGUUUUGUUAUUGAAUGUUUUUGAAUAUCACUGUAAAACUGGAUCUGAGUUACUCAGUCUUCAAGCAGCUGCUGUGUAGUUUUCAGACCUACUCUUGAGUGUCGGGACAGCCGCAGAGAAGUUUUGGAGAGGCUAAAAAAAAUCAGCCUCAUCCUUUCUGUAGCACUUGAGAAAUAAAAGAAAUGUUUGUCUCAAGGUGACACCGAGCCAGUCGAGUCGAUCUGUGGGUGAGCUACCAAAACAUUUCUGGGUCCCAGGACUUGCACAAUUCCAAACCCAGUUCCCUUAUUGCUCAACAGCUGUUAUAAAAUAUUAAUUAUGUGAUUCUGUUGCAUUUCCUAAUUUCUUAUGGGUGUGCUGAGCAUUUUUUUUUCUUGCAUUUGACAAAGCUGCCAACCCAGUAUGAGUUUGUGUCAGUUGUCUGCCAUGUCCAUUGGACCGACACACCUUUUUGGUUUUUGUAUGCUAACCUCUGUUGAUAAAAUGUUUAUAAGAUUUAUUUUCGCCAAAGAUAUGCAAUUGCAUUAUAUAUGGUAUUACAAAAAUAUUAAUAAAAACCUGUUCUUGUUUA